AUGAACCAAAUACGAGCGAUACAGGCGCUGAAUAAGAAGGAGAUUGAAAAUGGAAUCUCCCCCGAAGCCUCGUGGCAUACCGACUACCGGGACACGGCCUACGUUUACUUUGGCGGCCUGCCAUACGAGCUCUCCGAAGGCGAUGUGAUAACCAUAUUUUCGCAAUUCGGCGAGCCUGUAUUUCUGAAACUUGUGCGCGACAAGGAAUCGGGCAAGUCCAAGGGUUUCGGAUGGCUCAAGUACGAAAACCAAAAGAGCACCGAUUUGGCUGUGGACAAUCUCGGCGGCGCACAAGUCGGAGGACGUCUGCUCCGCGUAGACCAUGCACGGUAUUCUAUGCGCGACGACGAAGACCAGGACGAGUGCAGAGUUGGCUGGGAGGACCUCCAGCGCAAACAAGGCAAACCGCUGUCCGAGGACGAAAGCAGCGAAGACGAAGCGCCUCAACGGCCGAUGCUGCAAGAAGAGCGCGACCUGGCCAAGUUGAUACAUGAUCAUGACGACGAUGACCCGAUGAAGGCGUUCCUCAUUGAAGAGAAGAAGAAGGAGGUGCAAGAGGCGCGCGCGCGAGCCGACAAGAAGGAAUCGAGGCACAAGCACCGGUCGCAUAGACCUCACAGGUCUAAACAUGACGACGAUGAUAGAAGACGGUCUCGGCGUGAUGAAAGUGAUUCUGAGCGUCGUCAUCGUCAUCGAGGCGAUCACCGUAGCGACAGACAUCGGGAUGGAGACGAGGAGCGCCAUAGGGGAAAAAGGCACGACGACAACUCGAGAGAGCAUAGAUCCCGGCGCAGGGAUAAAGAUGAAAAAGAACGGAGCCGCGAUCGGGACCGCGAUCUAGACAGAAGACAGCACGACCGAAGACAAAACGACGAACGCCAGCACCAGACACACAUAAACAGAAAGGACGAGGCAGAGAGGGGCCACAAGCGAAGGCGACGCAGCCACUCUCCGAGACGCAGUGAAGCAUAA